UGCUCCUCGGGGCCAGCCCCUCCCACCACGCCGGAUCACACAUCGGCUUGGGGACCCCUCGAGGAUGCCGCCGGUGUAGGAGGCGUCCGCGACAGUGCGGGCUGGGGACCGAGCGGCUGGGCAUGCCGCGUCCAGGGCUUGGUCGGGCUGGCGUGAGCCGUCGUCGAUGAAAUUUUGGCUGAUUGGCUGCACGUCGCUUCGGAUUUGGUGCAUGUGUGUGUGCACGCGCACGCGUGUGAUGUGCCGCUGACCGCUUUUAUGUGUGCUUGUGGCGAUGCUGCCUGUGAUUGUGAUUUUUGCCGCUAUCCUGCAUGAUUCUUGGUGCCUCGAGGAUGAGAAGAAGCCACCCAGAAAAUGGCCAGAAGGAAGCACCAUAUGUGCAGGUGUGCUCAUGUGUGUUAGAAGUUAUAAGAUGAUGCAUACUCUGACAGUGCUUUGGCCACAUAAAAGGACUUCAGGGCUGUGGCAGGAAGGAGCCCACCGUCGGCAUCGCCCAUGGCCAAGCAGACCGAGGACCCAGCACCCUCAAGACAAGGACUCAGCAGAUGAUUCCUCCUUGACUUUCUACCAGCUGCGCCCCGUGUCCACAGCGUCCCGACACCAUGUUCAAGACCAAGUUCUAACCCACAUAUCCAAUCUCCCUCCAUGGAUCUUGCCUCUCAUUGACCAAGAGCAACAAUUCAACUCAAUUUCAGAUUUACAAAAGAGAUGGAACUAGAGCAAACAACCUAUGAGGCUUGGUUCGUGUACAUCGACAACGUUGUAUGGUGGUGAAGCUUCUUCACAUCCCCUGACCAGACGCUGCACGCUCUGCUCGCUGAAGGUGCCCGUUGUUUGUGUUUGGAUGUUGUUGCUGGCGUAUGUCAAGGUAUGUAGCAGUAGCUUUUGUUAUCCUUUCCACACCAGCGAAUGUCAGAAUUUAUCAUGUGGGCAAUUUUUUUUACUGUAGUAUGAGUACAAGGUUCAGGGAAGUUCAGUCAUUUAGUAUCUCACAGAUUGUCUAGGCUUUAAAUUUAGGAGAUGAUUUGGAAGCUCAACAUAGAAAAUUAUUUAGUCUAAUGCAGAUUGCAUAUUAAACGCCUUUUCAAAGCAAGUAUGGAAGAAAAUGUGGUGAGCUCUCCAUGAGAAAAUUUAAUAUAACAGUUUCUUUGACUUGAAGGAAUAUUUGCAGAUUUUAAUCUAUAGAAAGUUUGAGGGUAUCAU